GCCUCCCCCUCGUGGCCGCUGCCGUGCGGCCUGCGUCGCCUCCCGUAGUUAUCCGACCGGCUAUGGCCGCUCGUCUCCUGCGUGUCGCCUCCGCCACCCUCGGCGACGCAGCCGGCCGGUGGCUGCCCCUCGCCGGACCCCGCGCGGGAGCCGGCGGCCUCCGGGGGAGCCGGGGGCAGGGUGGGAGCGCCAGGCCGGGCCUGGGCGACGGCGCAGCUGUGGCGACGCGGACGCUGAGCGUGUCGGCGCGCGGGCGGAGCAGCUCAGAAGAUAAAAUAACAGUCCACUUUAUAAACCGUGAUGGUGAAACAUUAACAAGCAAAGGAAAAGUUGGUGACACUCUACUAGAUGUUGUGGUUGAAAAUAAUCUAGAUAUUGAUGGUUUUGGUGAGUAUGGAACAUUCUUUAAAAUUUAUAAGUGA